UGAGGGUGGCAGGGUCCCCGGCAGUCAAAAUGAAGGCUCUGCUAUCUGCCUGCUACGUGCUCUGUCUACUGGCGUGGGCCACUGCAGAUGCAGUGGCCGAGGUGGCCAGCCCCGUGGGCUCAGAGGAUGAGGCUCUGGUCCAGCUGAAGCUGCAGCCAGAGGGGGACCUGUUCCCCUGCGGCUGUGACCCCACGGAGGAGCUGAGCCCCAGCACCUCCAACGACACCCCGGCCCCCGAGAGGGUCUGCCAGCCCUGCAGCUCCGGCCCCAGCCUGGGCACGGUCCCCGUGGAGCAGGAGGAAGAGGAAGAGGAAGAGGAGGUGGUCACCUCUGCAGAGGAAGCUGCUGCACCUGAAGGCGAUGCUGUGAGUGAGGAGGAAGAGGAGGAGGAGGAGUCUUCUCAAGAGGAAGCUGUGGAGGAGGCAGGAGUGGAGGAAGAGGGAGAGGAGGUGGCUAACGCCGAACCUGUGGCGGAAGAGACCGGAGAGGUAGAGGAAUCUGUAGACGAGGAGGUCGCUGAGGAAGUCUCCAGCGAGGAGUCGUCAGAGGAAGCAGAGGAGAGUGCUGAGGAGCAGGAGGAGACUGUAGAGGGAGUUGAGGGAGAGACAGCAGGCGAGGAGGAGGAGGCCGUGGAGGAGUCUGAUGAGGAGCCAGCCGCUGAAGAGGAGGAGCAAGCAGCAGCAGAGACAGGUGAGGCAGUAGAGGAAGGGACAGAGGAGGAGGAGGCAGGGUCUGAGGAAGAGUCCUCAGAGGAGGAGCCCGAAGAGGAAGACGCUGCCGAGGACGCAGAACCAGAAGCUGAGGAACUGGUACCAGAGGCAGAGCCAGAACCGGCUGCAGAAGAGGCAACAGAAGCAGAAGAAGUAGAGCCUGAGGCAGAACUAAUUACCGAAGAGGUAGCAGCAGAGGAACCAGCAGUAGAGGAUGCAGAACCAGAACUAACAGCAGAGGAGGUGGAACCAGAGGUUGAACCAGUUGCUGAGGAGGCAGAACCAGAGCCAGAACCAGUAGCAGAGGAGGUAGAACCAGAACCAGAACUAACAAUGGAAGAGGUGGAACCAGAACCAGUUGCUAAGGAAGCAGAACCAGAGCCAGUUGCUGAGGAGGCAGUACCAGAGCCAGAACCAGAGCCAGUACCAGAGGAACCAGUGGCAGAGGAGGUAGAACCAGAAGUAGUAACAGAGAAGGUAGAACCAGAACCAGAGCCAGAGCCAGCUGUUGAGGAGGCAGUACCAGAGCCAGUAGUGGAGGAGGUGCCUGUAGUGGAGGAGGUGGCUGUUGAGGAGGCAGUGGUAGAGGAGGUGGCAGCUGAGGUUGUGGUGGAAGAAGCUGCUCCAGUGGUGAAGGCUCCAGAAGCACCUGCGAAGACACCUGCGAAGGGGCCAGCAGAGGCAAAAGCCCCAGCGGGUCCUGAGCCAAGAGACAGAGCCCACAUUGAUGACACCCUCCGUCUCAGCACUGAACCCUCUGAGGAGUACACUGCCACGCUGAAGAAGCUGAAGCACAUCUACCACUCCGCCAUCAAGCCCAUGGAGCAGGCGUACAAGUACAACGAGCUCCGACAGCACGAAGUCUCAGAUGCUGAGAUCGCUGCCAAGCCCUUGAUGUUGUUCCUGGGUCCCUGGAGCGUGGGCAAGUCCUCCAUGAUUAACUACCUGCUGGGCCUGGAGGACACCUCCCAGAAGCUUUACACAGGCGCUGAGCCCACCACCUCUGAGUACACCGUGGUCAUGCACGGAGAGAAAGUCCGCACCGUGGAGGGCAUCGUCAUGGCAGCGGACAACUCGCGGUCCUUCACGCCCCUGGAGAAGUUCGGCCAGGGCUUCCUGGAGAAGCUGGUGGGCAUCGAGAUGCCCCACAAGCUCCUGGAGCGAGUCACGUUUGUGGAUACGCCCGGCGUCAUCGAGAACCGCAAGCAGCAGGAGAGAGGUUACCCUUACAACGAGGUGUGCCAGUGGUUCAUCGACCGCGCCGACCUGAUCUUCAUGGUGUUCGACCCCACCAAGCUGGACGUGGGCCUGGAGCUGGAGAUGCUCUUCCGCCAGAUGAAGGGCCGCGAGUCCCAGAUCCGCCUGAUCCUGAACAAGGCCGACAGCCUGUCCACGCAGGACCUGAUGCGCGUCUACGGCGCGCUCUUCUGGAGCAUGGCGCCGCUCAUCAACGUCACGGAGCCGCCGCGCGUCUACGUCAGCUCCUUCUGGGGCCAGGACUACACGGCCGAGUCCAGCUUCGACCUGUUCCGCCGCGAGGAGGUGUCCCUCAUGGAGGACCUCAACCAGGUGAUCGAGAACCAGCUGGAGAACAAGAUCGCCUUCAUCCGCCAGCACGCCAUCCGCGUGCGCGUGCACGCGCUCCUGGUCGACCGCUACCUGCAGGCGUACCACGAGAAGCUGGGCUGGUUCAGCGACCCGCACGAGGUCUUCGCCGACAUCGUGGGCGACCCCGACAAAUACUACAUCUUCAAGGCCGUGCUGGCCAAGACCAACGUGAGCAAGUUCGACCUGCCCGACCCCGAGCUCUACCGCGACUUCUUCGGCGUCAACCCGCCGGGCAACUUCAAGCAGCUGGCGCAGCACUGCAGCUGGAUGGGCGGCUGCCUGAUGGAGAAGAUCGAGCGCGCCAUCGUCGACGAGCUGCCCGCGCUGCUCAGCGGCCUCGGCGACAAGAAGGAUGCGCCUGCGGCCGCCAAGGCGCCCGCAGCCAAGGCGACAGCGCCCGCCGCCGCAGCAGAGGGCACCUGCACGGGGUCCGACUGCCCGGAGAAGCCCAAGAACCGCUGGCGAAGGCAGUGAUAGAAUGGAUGGAUGGAUGGAUGGAUGGAUGGAUGGAUGGAUGGAUGAGUGGAUGGGUGAACGGGUGGAUGGAAGGCGCAGACAUGGAGGAGAGGAGAAGCAGAAAAGAGGAGAGGAGAGAGUGAUUGGUUAAUAGGGGACUGAUAAUGGCACUGCACCAAAACAAAUUAACGAGUGAAUGUAGGAACAUGUGAAUGAAUGAAUGAAUGAAGAAAUGAAUGAAUGAAUGAAUGAAUGAAUGAAUGUGUAUGUAAUUAGUGGCUGAUGUAUAGUGCACAAUGCUAUGCGUGAAUGGAUUGCUGAGUGGGUGCUCUAACUGAGGUGAAUUAAAGAGAGUGUAAGGCUGGCUGAGUCAGGCCCAGCAGAGUACAAAGCUAUAGUGUUGUAGAAGUUGAGCUGGAGGGCAAUAGAGGGUAAACACGUUACAUUAAGAAGAGACUGUCAACGACUACAAUCAACUGAGUUGUGUGUUAACACGAUGAGAAGGCAUUUUGGUUUUUUGUUUUGUUUGGAUAUUUCUAUUUUAUUUAUUUCCGUUUUACUGUUAGACGUGGCACGUUGGCCGAUGCACUAGUCUAAACAUUUCAGGACAUUCUUCCUAAACAGUUUUUCCUUGAAACAGCUGUCUUGUGAAUACACAUUUGUACUGAUUCUUUGGAGUAGAGAACCUGUGGAUCUGCAUGAUAUCUGCUAAUUUUGUGACAUUAAAGUUAUUUUAUUUCCUUGUUGAGUGA